AAAGUACAAAGUUGAUUUUGGAAAAUGGCAACAUGUCAGAAGAUUGAAAACGCUACCAAUAUGUGUUCAGUGUGUUUGGACCAUUUUAGAGACCCAAGAAAACUCCCGUGCGAUCAUGACUUCUGUGCUGACUGUAUUGAAGAGUAUAUCAAGAAAUUCUUGACAACAGAAAAGGACAAGAGUGCAUUUCCGUGUCCAUUGUGUCGAAAACCAGUUGUCAUCAAGAAUCUCUCCAUUGAAGGUAUAGAAGACUUCAUUGAACAGUUGACGAAGAGAAAAGAAGUAAAUACGUGCGUGGAUAUGGACAAACAAACUCCAACUGGAAUAAAGUGUGAUCCAUGUAACUUAGAUGGUACGAAUACAGCAGCUGACGUGUUUUGUGGUGAUUGUGAUGAACACCUGUGUAACAGCUGCGCAAAAUUUCAUAAACGAAGCAAGAAACUCAAGAAACAUGUGCUCAUUACACUUGCUGAAAAAAAAUCAACUUCAUUCUUUCAAGAAAGCAUUGACUAUAAAUGCAAAGGGCACGAUAAAAGGCUCAAGUACAUUUGCUUGGAUCACAAUUCGUUGGGUUGCUCAAUGUGCACAAUUACUAACCACAAAAAUUGCAAGGAUGUAAAGUCAUUAAGAGAAUAUAUAAACACUUCUCAUUGUCUUGAUGGUAGAGCUCAGAAACUAAAUCAAAUACAUAUGCUGUCUCAAAAAUGUACCCAAAUGCAAUCACAUGCAGUAAAGUCUAUGCAAAUAGAAUGUAUAGCCUCGACUUUAAAAGAUUUCCAAGAAACCGUGUCAGUAGAAUUGAACAAAGCCAGAAGAAAAAAAGACCAAAGUGUGAACAUCACACAUACCGUUUACAGCACUAUGCAAGCAGAUGCGAAGGGGUUACAUGGACUUCUUCUUUCGUGUGAUAAUGAUAUUGAUGGCAAAUCUGUUGUGGUUCUUGCUGAUUUCAACAAAAAACUCGAGAAUCUUACAGCUCAGUUAGAAUCUUCUGCAAAGGAAACGACUGUACAUCUGAAGAAGAUUGAGCAUAGUCUCACAGACACUUCCAAACAUUUGGCCACCACCAUCGAUGCCAUGAAGGCUGAAUUGAGAUUUCCAGAUCUGUCGGUUGAUUUUCCUUCAUACUUUUCAACGAAAUACACAUGCAACCCAAAACCCAAAGAAGUUGAUAUGAUGAACGAAAAGGAAAUUGUACUCCUUGAUGAAAGUCAUCAGAGAUUGGUUGUUUUUGAUACCAAACUUUUUAAAACGACAAGCAGCUGGCAUUUUUCACAUCGGCCUUCUAACUUUGCGGUUGUUGAUUCAAAUACAAUAGCCGUGUCAUUUCAAACUGAGCGGAAAAUCAAAGUUUUUAAAGUCAAAGGCAGUAGUUUAACAGAAUACAACAAUUUAGCGCUCGAAAUGCCCUUUGUUGGACUGACAUUUACAAAAAAAUUCGCUAACAGUUACCUGUUUUGCUUAGAUUGCGAUAAGAGAGAUGUUGUUAGAGCUGACUUUCCAAGGAACAAAAUAGAGUCAUUUUCUAAUAUACACCUGAAAAGGGAAAUGAUAACGACAAUACAUACACGAAUUCAUGCAGACAAAACUGGAGGUGGGUCGCUUUUUAUAUCUCUUGCACGUGCAAAUACAGUGAUUGGGCUCACACUUGAUGGAAAAAUGAAAUGGACAUUAAACCAUCCUCACCUUAGGAUGCCAAUGGGGCUUGCAAUAGGGCCACUUGGAAAUUUGUUUGUGUGCUGCUAUGAAGGACAAGAAAUUGCAAAGGUGGACCAGACUGGAAAACUUCUAGGGUUAUGCAAAGAAGAUGCAUUAAGAGGAACCGUUCGAAAGGUUGAUUUUCCUUCAUACUUUUCAACGGCGCCAAUGGCAUUAUAUUAUGACGCAUCAUCUGAUAAAUUCAUAGUUUGUGACGAUGAAGAAGGCAAAGAAAUCAAAAUGUUCAAAACUGGUGAUCUAGUGUUUCAUGCAAUAUAGAAAAUAUAUAGAGCAUAUACAGCAAACAACGACCAUUGGUGGCAUCUCACCAAUGUUGACUUUGUGAAGAAUAAACAAGAAUGUGUGAAAAGUUUAUAUCAUUAUUUAAUUUUGAAACGUUUUAUGUAUACAUUUGAAUAUUAAAUAAUAACAUCGAAUUUAUUGGAGUGUAAACAGUAAUGGUGUUAACCGAAAUGUUUAUAUUGACAACAUCAGUCUUUUAACUGUGCAGUUGUUGAUUCAAAUACAGUAUCUUCAUAGUUUCAAAUAGUUUUAUUUCAAACUGAGCAAAAAUAUAAAUAUUUAAAGUCAAAGGCAGUAGUAUUACACAAGUGCACACUAUGGAAGUGGAAUUGCCCUUUGUUGGAUUUGCAACUGGUAAACGAAACGUUUGAUUCCAUUUUGUAAGCUUGCACUUAGUUAUUGUCAAAUGUUAGAGCUUAAAAAAUGUAUAAAUUACGGUAAUAAUAUAUAAAUAUUUUGAUAAGAUGAUGUUAAGAGGAAUUCAUCAAUAAUUGCAAUGUUGAUAUGUAUGUUGAUUUUUGUGUUGGUUAAACAUGUAGAAGUGAAAACUCAUAUGUAUACAACUGUAUAUUUAAUUAUUUAUACAUAAAUUGUUAUAACAAUUAUCUUGAUGUUGUUUUGAAACCUGUAACUGAAGUAUUGGUCCACUCUAGAUAGAGCUAUUUUCUACUAAUAUUGAAAGCUCUCAAAAGAGCUAAUACAUUAGUUAUGUUUAAUUAAUAUUACU